CAGUUCCCUUGCGGUCGUGUUAAGCGCUUUUUGAAGAACAACACCCAGAACAAGAUGCGCGUUGGCGCCAAAGCCGCCGUGUAUGUCACCGCUGUUCUCGAAUAUCUGACUGCGGAAGUUCUCGAAUUGGCCGGAAACGCUGCCAAGGAUCUCAAAGUCAAGCGUAUCACCCCGCGUCAUCUGCAGCUCGCUAUCCGUGGUGAUGAGGAGUUGGAUACCCUGAUCCGCGCCACUAUUGCCUUUGGAGGUGUUCUGCCGCGCAUCAACCGCGCGCUCCUGCUGAAGGUGGAGCAAAAGAAGAAGAGCAAGACUGAGGCUUAA